AAGCCAGGUGCGGGACGCCAAGCCAAAUGACGUCGCCAUUUGUUCGCGGAAGUGGCUUUUUUUUGGCCGAUGCCCAUGGUAGGGGGUGGGGGAUCAGAGAGGAAGAAAAGGAAAGGAAAGAAGGAAAAAGUUUUAGUACUCGGCUCGCCCCCUCCCAGUAGUGUGUAGUGACAGCGUACUAAGUUAGUUCUAACUUUCAAAAAACCUUUUUGAAGUUAUUUCAUGUAUUUCAAGGGGCAAAGGGAGUUUGGACAUUAAGAAAACAAGGCGAAAUAAAGACGAAAUAAAAAUUAAAAGCGAGGGAGAGAGCUGGGCCACAGGCACGCAGAGGGCUUUGCGCCAUGGAGUACGUGGACAUGAACCGGCUCGGGGGGGCCUCGCGGCGGGCCCGGGUGGAGGGCGGCCAGCUGGGCGGGGACGAGUGGACGCGUCACGGAUCCUUCGUCAACAAGCCCACGCGCGGCUGGCUCCACUCGGACAGCGUGGUCAGCUCCGCCGGAGUCUCCUACGCCGUCCGGUAUAUGGGAUGUGUGGAGGUGCUGCAGUCAAUGAGAGCUCUGGACUUUAAUACAAGAACUCAGGUCACACGGGAAGCGAUCUCCGUGGUGUGUGAGGCGGUUCCUGGUGCCAAAGGGGCUCAGCGCAGGAGAAAGCCCUCCGCACGCUGUGUUUCCUCCAUCUUGGGGAAGAGCAACCUUCAGUUCGCUGGAAUGACAAUCAGCCUCACGGUGUCCACCAGCAGUCUGAACCUGCUGGCAGCCGACUGCAAGCAGAUCAUCGCCAAUCAUCACAUGCAGUCCAUCUCUUUCGCUUCUGGAGGAGACCCCGACACAGCAGAAUAUGUAGCUUACGUAGCCAAAGACCCGGUCAACCAGAGAGCCUGUCACAUCCUGGAGUGCUCUGAGGGUCUGGCGCAGGAGGUCAUCAGCACCAUCGGGCAGGCUUUCGAGCUGCGCUUCAAACAGUACCUGAAGAACCCCCCCAAACUGGUCACCCCCCACGACAGGAUGGCUCCGUUCGACGGGUCGGCGUGGGAGGAGGAGGACGACGAAGGCGUCCCCGCCCCGGAUGUGCCGUACUACAACAACUUCCCCGGCAAGCAGCCGCCGCCGGGCGGCCUGGUGGACAUGCGGGGCCGCCAGGGCCACAGCACAGGGGCCACGCUGCCGUACGGACAGAACGAUGUACACAAGCAGCCCCUGCCGCCUCUACCAGCCGGGGCGAAGGAAGGUGGCCGUGACCUGUUCGACGACCCUUCUUAUGUCAAUGUGGAUAAGCCCCGCCCUCCCGCCGCUGCGGCCAAUGGCAGCGCGCACCGGGAUGCAUUCGACAUGAAGCCCUUCGACGACGCCCUGUCCGGCGCUGCGGCGCCCCCUAUGGCCGAGCAGCUGGCGAGCGAGCCCUGGUUCCACGGCAGCCUGAGCCGGCGGCAGGCGGAGAGGCUCCUGACCCGCGACGGAGACUUCCUGGUGCGCGAGUCGGGCACCACCCCGGGGCAGUACGUCCUCACGGGGCAGCAGGGCGGUCAGCCCAAGCACCUGCUGCUGGUGGACCCCGAGGGCGUGGUCCGCACCAAGGACCACCGGUUCGAGAGCGUGAGUCACCUGAUCAGCUAUCACAUGGACAACCGGCUGCCCAUCGUGUCGGCGGGGAGCGAGGUGUGCCUGCAGCAGCCGGUGGAGCGCCGGGCCUGAAGGGGGCGCCGCGUCGCGUCGCGUCCGCGCCCACACGCCUGUCCCUCCCGUCCAGUCCGGCGCCCUUGUCUUCAAUUAGCGCCGAAGUCGCGUCUCAAGAUUUCGUAGGAAUUUAAGCGACGGACUUCACGCGUCCUGCCGUGUCAUCGUAUUCAGGCCUUUCCUUUCUCCUUUCCCCUUUUCUUUUUGUUUUUGGUAAGUGAGCGCGCACCUGACGUCAUUAGAGGAAUUAAAUGUUUACUUGAAGCGAAGCCGGAGAGAUCUAUCGGACCGUGUCAUUGGAAGUGAAGACGCUGCGCGGGAAGCGCCGGUGCCCUCUGAGCUGUGUAAAAUCGUGAUGAAAUCCUGUCCUCUCGAAUUUGUCAAACACGGCCGGAGAAGGGCGCGGGCUCGGCGGGGGGGGCUCAGCCCUGUGAGAGGCUCGUAUCUGGGCCGCGCGGACCGCCGUUCGGCGAGCGACGAGCGACUGCGAUGGAGUCGAGAUCGAGGCUGCGUCACUGUCAAUGACUGGAAUUCAUUCCAAAGAAGAGCGUGCUGAACGCCGCGAGCGAGCGCGUGAAGCCGUCGACCUUUCCUUUCUUCAUUUUCUUUUCGUCUGCGUAGAACGGAAACGUUUCCAAAGACAAAACCCAAAGUCGCGUUGGAAUCGUCAGAAAUGUGCGUUGCAGCCGUGAAACAUACUCUCCACGUCAGGUGAAGUUCAGUGCCACGUACCGCCAAAAUAAGUAGAAUUCGAACGGGGUGGAGCCCAUGCAUUUUAUGCAAUGACUAGAAUUUGGGUCUUAUGGUCCUCUGGUCAAAUGACCCCAUUCUGAAAAAAAAAAAAAAAAGAAUUUGUUGGUGAAGCCCAUCUGAAUAUAGAGUGUCAUUUGGACUCUCGACCCUCUGCUACUCUUCUGAUCUUCUGGUGCUGUGAAGACCGUCACAGUGUAAUCAGACAACGGUGGAGCCUGUUCCCAGCUGCCCGCUUCCACCACCCCCAACUGUAUCAAGGAACAACACGAAAAAACUGAACUCAGUGGGAAAAUGAUUUCAAUGAGAAAGGGACCUCAGUCACCAGUGCUGUCUCCAUGGGACUUAUUGAUGUUGUUAGGCAAUCGCAAAUAAGAUUAUGAUAUCUAUGCCUCUUAAUUGUAACGUUGGUGAGUUAACUACUUGUCUUUUUUGUUUUUAAAGAAAAAAAGGAACACUACUGUAAGUUGAAGGUAACCUGAAAAUUGGCUCCGGGUUUAUGAAUUAAGAGGGUUGGAUUCAGAGUUGUAGCUGCGUGUGGAGGCACUGGUGUGGUUGAAGCCCAGGUCUCUGGGAUCCUUUGGUGGGUAACGGUUGUCGGCAGAGGGAUGGUCCUGAUGCAGCUGCCCCUUGUCCCCUUUCCAACAAGCUCUCUGCAGCCCACGUUAACUAGGCCAAAGAAAAGGUUUUGCGCUCACAGCUGCGGAUGUGUGAGCGGUAUGGAGGGGGAAAGCAUAAAGGUCGAUGGCUGCAGUCUGUUGAAAUGGUGGGGGUGUGGAAGGCCGGGGGGGAGGAAGAGCAGGUGGUCCUCACAGAAACCACUGGCUUUGGAAGGUCCAAAUCUGUGCGAUGCUAUGUUGCUCAUUACUGCUGCGUACCCGACGCUAGCCUCUGGGGACGUACGGUGACCCCUGCUGCGCAGCUAAUGGCUGAACCAAAUCUCAACCAAAUCACAGAUCCCUGAGGCUGACAACUAUGUCUAUGUAUACAUGAAGCUGCCUCUCAGGUAUACUGAUCACAUAUGAACACACAACCUGUUGUAUAUACAGUGCCCCUCCAGGUGUUUGUGUAGCUUGGAGUCAGUCUUGUGGACUUUUUUAUCAUUUGGAAUUUGAAGAGCGGAGAGUUGCUCUUCCUACUGAAAGCCAGUUGCACAACAUUUGCCUUUCGAGUGAGAUUUUGUCCUAGAAGUCUCCUCCUGCUCACUUUCUCAUGUGCCAUAUCCUCAUCUCACAUACAGUCUGGGUGUCUAAUACACAUUACGUUUUAUCGACAUCCUCUCAGUGCGUUGUGGGGAAAUAUCCAGUCAGACUUUUUCAUUUAGUUGCUUUUGGGUGUACUUUGAAAAAAAAUCGUCUGUGCUUUGACAAUCUACCAUCACGUGAGUUCCCCGGGGAAAGCAGAGGAGAGAUGUGCAUUGUACGUGCAUGGUGCCCUGGAGAAACGUGUGAUGUCACGGUUCGGCCAUUUUACAGAGUGUACAGCUCAAGUAGUAACCCAUCAAUCUGCUUCCCUACCAGUGCUGCCAGGUUAAAGACGCAUGCAGCGCUUACACCCACGGUCACAAUAGCAUUCAAAACAAUGCUGUUUCCUAUUUUUACACAAUGCUCCCCCCCCCCCCUCCCCCUUUCAAGCGGCAUUAAUUAUCCACACUGCGAGCCUCCCUCAGGGGAGAGCUCCAGCUGAGGCGCACGCUUUGAAAUGAAACGGUUCGGAGAAUAAAGGUGAUUGCGGAUUAAUGGCUCCCAAAUCAGUAAAACAUGGCAGUUUAACAACUGAUACAUAUUUUAAACAAGGGGGGGGGGGGGAAGUGCACAUUUUUAGUUCCAGAUUUCAUAACCAUAAGAAGUCGAAAUCAAUCCACAAAGUAACACAGCAGUGUUCCUCAGGAAUCGUUGUUUUGUUUUAACAACGCAGUCAGUCUCUUUCCCAUAAGGGAUUGUGUCCAGCAACUUGUGAGACCGCUUGUGCGGCUAGUUAUUUUCAGGAAUCUGUUUUUAGUGGGAUGGUGGGGUGCAGUGAGCUUUGCACAGGCUAACGUUGAGAGGAGAGCCGGGUUGGUCUAUAUGCUCAAAUACAGUAAAUGUUACCUCUUAGCUUUGAGUGCCAUUUCAUUUUUUGUGUGUGUGUGUGUUGUGAUGUGGCCCAGGCCGACGGUGUUUGACUACAAAGAGGGAAAUGAAAACAUUUUUGAGAGAUGUGGCAUCUUUCAGUUCACUCCUUUAUUUCCUUUCUGGCAAGCCUGCGAUGCAACAAUAGCUAUUUUUAGUGUUGUGAUGUUGGCACACAAAAAAAAAAAAACCCAUUGCUAUUUUUAAAAGGCAAAAUGAAUUGUGAAUUGUGAAACUGUGUUUUGAUGUAGUGAACUGUGCUUUUAUUGUUAAAGAUUAACUGCAUAGUCCUUGUUUUGACGUGGGUUCGCCAAAACAUGUCUGAAAUGAGUAUUUUUAAUGUCUGAUUGUUUAACUGGAAUUGACCUGCAGUUUGUAUGGAAGGACAGAGGGUGGGUGUGGGGUACCCCCCCCCCCCCAGAUUGUGCCUUGUGCAGACAGUACAGCCACAUUGGUGGAAUACGGUCAAUUUAUGCACUUGCGGUAGCAUAGUAUGUCUUCAGUCAGCAUAGCGUGUCCACUGGAAACCAAAACUGUCAAAAUAAGACUUUGCAGUAACGAAUGGCACUCGUCACAUAUAUAUAAGAAGUCACUCCGCGUUCUGUUCAAUGGUUGAUGUUCUUAUACUGAUCCCCGCCUUUGUCUGAGGCAUUGUUAAGCAUGAUUCCAUAUUAGAUAAUCAACAAGCCUCAAUCUAUGCGUCCUUAUGAGUGAGUAUAAGAGAACUGUAAAUGAAUCGGACUCUGUUGAUUUUCACAAUGAAGUCAAUUAUUUUUUUCCUUUCAGUUUUAGUGGCGGUGUGGAACCAGAGCAGGGCUGAAAGUGAGAUCAUGUGCAUUAUCUACGCCUACAUGCACCUGCCAUUUUGCAUCAGUGUUAGAGAACUUCCGUAAUGGAAUUCACACUGGUGCAAAUGCAUUCAUUCAUAAACACAUACGCGGUUUAACUAUUUGGAAGCCUGUUGACAGAUAAAUAAAACCAUCCUUUUUCCAGCUGUUGCUUUCUUUGCCAACACUAGUUCUCGAGUUGCUGUGUGUUUCUAUGGCAGUGAAUUACCAUGGCUUUCAUCAUGGUGUUAUUUCUGCAGGUUUCAUGUGCCUGUUUGUAAAUGACUUUUACUUUGAUGAUAUUUGACUGCUCUGGACACAGAUGCAUGCUUAUUGCACAAGGAGGGUUUUUUUUAAGUUUUUUUUUUUUUUUACUGUUGAUCAGGCACCAAGUUUACAACACUUGGGCCCAACUGGCAUUGCGUUGAACAACUCUGUUGGUGAACCAACAGAAAAACAAAACGAGCGGUAAUUUUUGUACGGAGGCAAAUUUUCAGCACCGUAUGUAUAAGGCUGAUUGCUUGUAUACGUGUGUGUGUUUGUGUGUUUUUAAAAAAAUGAAAGAAAGAAAAGGACCUAUGUUCCCUCCAAUUUAACCGUUGUUUUCACAGCUGCCUUUAUUGCAUGUAAAUCAUUGAGAUUUUAUAAUGUUAUUAUUGUUCUUGUAUUUUGCAAGCCAAAGUUUGUUUUAUUCAGCCUGCACAUGUUUAUUUUUUAUUGUUUUAUUUUUUUAAACUUGUUUUGGUGUUUACUACUCAUAUGUUAUUUGGGGGAAAUGUAUGUUUACACUUGUAUCUAAAAAUUAUAAAUUGCAUAUAUGCAUUUGUCAUUAAUCUUUGAAAUAUAAUUUCUUUUAUUCUACACAAUAAACUUUGUGUGAUGUACUUAA